AGCAUCAAACUUCAAGUCCAUGUUCGUGACCAGGAUCCAGACCAGAGCCGUGCAGAUCUAAAGACAAUCAACACCUGAAGAAAAAAAAAAAAAAAAGAGAGAGACAGAAAGUCACACUUUUAGGGACAGAAAGCUGCACCGCUGAGUGUCAGACCUGCAGACUCCUGCAGGCGAGUCUGCUGCACAAAUAUGCAGCACCGGUGGAGGUAGUGCCGGAGCUACUUGCCGUGACUCGUCCGUGCGCAAUGACAGAAAACAGACAGGGCUCGCUAUAUAUGUAAGCACAUCAAACCCACUUCGGGAAAGGCAAGGUCACCUUGUGUGGUGGGAUCAGGCGGAGAUCUGAAGCUCAGGUUUUAUUCUUCAUCUCACUGGAGUGUACCGGGGAGCGCAGCGGUCUGUCCUCCAGGAUUUACUAUUAUUAUUUCGUUUUUUUGGUGAUUAAUUCACUUUUUUUGGGGGGAGGGGGCUGUAUCUGUUCACCUGGAUACACGUAACCACCCAAACCUCGGUGAAGACAGGGUCUCUGGAGUGAUGGCGGCGUCCGCACCCUCCUCCACCUCCGCCUCCUCUUCUGGCGGCGAACCGGAUCCCAACUCGGCAAAUUUACGGCCACCGGGCUCAAGUUACGAUGCCUGGUGUGGAGUUGCACAUGGAUGUACUAGAAAAUUGGGAAUGAAGAUAUGCGGAUUCCUGCAGAAGAAUAACAGUCUGGAGGAGAGGAGCAGGAUCGUGAGCUCCUUCAAGGAGCGCACGGCCAAGAACCUGCUGUCCUGCGAGAACAGCGGAGGAGAUGCGCAUUUCAGGCGCACGGAGACGGACUUUUCCAAUCUGUUCGCCAGAGAUUUGCUACCAGCCAAAAAUGGAGAGGAGCCUACCAUGCAGUUCCUGCUGGAGGUCGUGGAAAUCCUCACCAGCUACGUUCGGAAGACCUUCGACAGAUCCACCAAGGUCCUGGACUUCCACCACCCUCAUCAGCUCCUCGAGGGCAUGGAGGGCUUCAACCUGGAGCUCUCCGACCAGCCCGAGUCUCUGGAGCAGAUCCUGGUGGACUGCAGGGACACGCUGAAGUACGGAGUGAGAACAGGUCACCCCAGGUUCUUUAACCAACUGUCCACUGGAUUAGACAUUGUGGGACUGGCGGGAGAGUGGCUCACCUCAACAGCCAACACUAAUAUGUUUACCUACGAGAUCGCCCCCGUUUUCGUGCUAAUGGAGCAGCUGACACUGAAAAAGAUGAGAGAGAUCGUUGGCUGGCCGACCGGAGAGGGCGACGGGAUAUUCUCCCCAGGAGGAGCGAUCUCCAACAUGUACAGUGUGAUGAUCGCAAGAUACAAGUUCUUUCCCGAAGUCAAGACCAAAGGCAUGGCAGCUGCGCCCAGACUGAUCCUGUUCACCUCAGAGAAUAGCCACUAUUCCAUCAAAAAAGCGAGCGCAGCUCUGGGCUUCGGAACAGAGAACCUGAUCCUUUUGAAGACAGAUGAAAGAGGGAGAGUCAUUCCUGCUGAUUUGGAAGCCAAAGUAAUUGAGGCCAAGCAGAAGGGCUAUGUCCCCAUGUUUGUGAAUGCCACCGCCGGCACGACCGUCUACGGAGCUUUCGAUCCCAUUAAUGAAAUCGCGGACAUCUGUGAGAAGUACAACAUGUGGCUCCACGUGGACGGUGCGUGGGGAGGAGGUUUGCUGAUGUCCAGGAAGCACAGGCACAAGUUGAACGGAGUAGAGAGAGCCAACUCAGUCACCUGGAACCCCCAUAAGAUGAUGGGAGUGCCGCUGCAGUGCUCUGCCAUUCUGGUCAGAGAGAGAGGUUUAUUACAAGGCUGCAACUCCAUGUGUGCGGGCUACCUGUUCCAGCCGGACAAACAAUACGACGUGACGUACGACACGGGCGACAAGGCCAUUCAGUGCGGACGCCACGUUGACAUCUUCAAGUUCUGGCUCAUGUGGAAGGCUAAGGGAACAGAAGGAUUUGAGCAGCAUAUCGACAAGUGCCUGGAUCUGUCCGCAUACCUCUACAACAAAAUAAAGAACAGAGAGGGCUUUGAGAUGGUGUUCAGUGGAGAGCCUCAGCACACCAAUGUCUGCUUCUGGUACAUCCCACGGAGCCUGCGCAUGCUGCCUGAUGGGGAGGAGAGGCGGGAGAGGUUGCACAAGGUUGCCCCAAAGAUCAAGGCGAUGAUGAUGGAGUCGGGGACCACGAUGGUGGGUUACCAGCCACAGGGAGAGAAGGUCAACUUCUUCCGCAUGGUCAUCUCCAAUCCCGCUGCUACGAGGUCAGACAUCGACUUCCUGGUCGAAGAGAUCGAGCGACUGGGGCAUGACCUGUAAGACCCUGACCUCUAUGAUAAAACCUUUUUGUUUUGUUUUUUUCUCCAACUCUGGAGAGCCUCGAGCUUGGCUUCACGUCCCCCUUUUUUUUUGUCUCAUAAAGACGCAGAGUUUUUUUUUCUUUUCUUUUAAUGCACAACAAAUAAUAAUAAGAAUAUGCCUUGUGUGUUUCCUCUUUAGCAGCGGUUCAAAACAUUUGCACAACAGGUUGUCUGAGUGGAAAAGACUGAGCACAGUUGUAUUCUUGCUAAAACAUAUGCAAAGUGGAAAUAAACCUGUGAGAUGUUAAUGGGAUGCAUUUAACAUGGGGUCCUUUUUCAUGUAAAUAUGCAAUAGCAAGCGUAUCUGGAUGUUUCUGUACAUAGCAGUUAUGAAGGAUGUCCUAUAACUGUUGGUCAGUAUUAAAAACAGAAUAACAUAUUUUUUCACAAGUAUCAAGAGCACAGUGUAGGGGACCCUAAGAUAUCGACAUACAUGUGGUGGUUAUUAUUAUUAUUAUUAUUAUUAUUAUUAUUAUUAUAUGCUAUAUGUGGUACUUAUCAAGCCGGAUGAACCACGUCAUUGUAGCUGUCAUUUCCCUUCGAUAGGCGGGGAUAUGUAACACAGUCACUGUAACAAACACUGUACUUGAUUGCUGUGUUUUUAGAGAAUUUUGUGUAGACUGUGUAAAGUAUUGUUACCUUGCCUUUGUGCCAAACGUGUCCUAGUUUUACAGUGAGAUGCUCCUAUAUGUAAAUCGAGCAUAAAGUAUAGUAGAUUAAUCACUUUAUUUAUAUUGAGAGAUUAUAAUUGUGAAUAGGUUAUCUGCCUCCUCCAUUUGUAAUGUACCCUCCUUCAACCCGGCUGUAUUAUACUGCAGUAUUUUGAAUAACAUUUCUCUCUUUUAGUGUAUUUGUGAACCAAAGAAGGGUUGAGUUACAGUUAUGUACCUUCCCCUUAUUCUCCCUCAUGGAUGGAUCCAGAUGUUUCUAUAAGAGUACCCAAUAUACCGCCUUCAACUUUAGUGCAAUCUAUGUUGUGUAACUGUGCAAUGUCCUUGUGAUUCACUCAUUGAAUGUUGUUAAGACACUGCUACACCUGGGAGGCUUGACUGGCAGUGUGGCUGCUACUGCUGGUGCUUUGUUAACGAUAAAAAGCACAACGCUAACCUGUGACCAUGGGGGCAGCUUUUAUUCUAGGGACAUCUGAUUGUCUGUAUUAUAAUGUGUUAAGUGGAGUAAAACUAUAAUAUGCAAUUUUUUUGUGUGUCUUAACAUGCUAACUAUCCGUAAGAUUUUAUGUUGAGAAAAACAAAACUGGGAUUAUAUAUAUAUAUAUCGUGAAGCUUUUUGCUCGAACAAUGAAAUGCACAGUGUUUGCUACUGUAAUAAGGUUUAUUAAACAAUUGUACAUUCCUGGAUUAGUUGGCUGAAAUGUCCCUUGUCCUGUUCGUGUCAGCACUUUCCCAGAGUAUUAAUGGUGUAUCCACAACACUAAUAAAGACAUGAGCUGUAGAACA